AGUAAAGGCAGGCAUGAAACCGUCCUCUCUUAUUCUCGCCCUGACUGCAUGACGUGUUGUCUGCGCUGGGAGGCGGGGCAGGCAGUGGAGCUGGGAAAAAAAAUACCUAAAUAAAGGCGAGAGGACCGUUUCAAAUACAAACAUACACACCAAUCAAGAAAGAAGCUGCAAGUUCUGUUCCACCCACCAGCCAUGCCAAUCCGUCGCUCUGCAGGGACGCCCUCCCAGGAAACGGCACCCAAGAACCCUCCUGCUGCAGAUGCGGACGCCAGCUCUGAGGAGUCUGUCUCCGCGGGGGAAGAGCAUGAGAAUGAGGCCCCCGCAGCGGCUCCUCCACAGGAGGAGGAGGUGAAGCAAGAGAACGAGAAAGCUGAAACCGAGGAGGAGAAAAAAGAGGAGGAGAAGCCUGCUGAGGAGCAGAAGAAAGAUGACAAAGAUGCCGUCAAGGAGAAGGAGAAGAAAGUGAAGAAGACGAUUCCUGCCUGGGCCACCAUGUCGGCCAAACAGCUGGCCCGCUCCCAGAAGCAUGCACAAGUCACCUUGUUCGUGCGGCCCAAGAUGGAUGCCAUCCUCACAGAGGCCAUCCAGGCCUGUUUUCAGAAGUCUGGUGCCUCUGCAUUUGCAAUCAAGAAGUACAUUGUUCACAAGUACCCAUCACUGGAGCUGGAUAAGAGGGGGUACCUGCUGAAACAAGCCCUGAAGCGAGAGCUGCAGAGGGGGGCUGUAAGACAGGUGAAAGGAAAGGGGUUCUCUGGGAGCUUCACAGUGGUCUCCAGCAAUUCCAAGCAGUCGCAGAAAUCCAGAAAGAAAGGUGGCUCUGCUCCGGCCAAGGGGGCAGUGCCUGAGCCCACAGAGAAACUGGAGGACACCUUGCCUCUGAUCUUCACCCGCCUCUGUGAGCCCAAAGAGGCCUCCUACGUCCUCAUCAAGAAAUACGUGGAGCAGUACUUUCCCAAGCUCAUGGUGGAAAGCAGACCCCACAUGUUGAAGAACGCUUUGCAGAGAGCUGUAGAGAAGGGACAGCUGGAGCAGUUAACUGGGAAAGGAGCGUCCGGAACGUUCCAGUUAAAGAAGCUGGGGGACAAGCCUCUUCUGAGUGGCGGUCCCUUCGAAGACGCUAUCCUGUCUGCCAUCACUGCCAUGAACGAGCCCAAGACCUGCUCCACCACCGCACUCAAGAAAUUCGUGCUGGAGAACAGCCAGGGAGGCAAGGUCAACCUGCAGGUGAACAACUUGAAGAGGACCCUGCGGAGGUGCGAGAUGUUUGGCUGGAUGGAGCAGAUCUCUGGGAAGGGCUUCAGCGGCACCUUCCAGCUCUGCUUCCCCUACUACCCCAGCCCUACAAUCCUGUUCCCUGACAAACACAAGGAGGAGGACUCGGAGUCGGAGGAGGAGGACUCUGAAGAGGAGUCUGAGGAAGAAUCUGAGGAGGAGUCUGAGGACGAGCCUCCUCCAAAGAAAAGGCAGAUAAAGAGGCCCCCUCCCAAGGUCCGCAUCCCUCCGCCCCCCAAACACCGCAAGCCGCCAGCGAGCAAGAAAAGAAGCGGGGGCAGCGCGCAGAAGGUCAGCGCGCCAGCUUUCACCCCCAGGGGCAAAAAACAAGCACCUGCCAAAAAAGCCGCGCCCGUCAAGAAAGCUUCGACCCCUGUCAAGAAAGCAGCCCCGCCCCCUAAAGCAGCAGCCACAAAGAAAGCGGCCCCGCCCCCUAAAGCAGCAGCCACAAAGAAAGCGGCCCCACCCCCUAAAGUAGCAGCCCCCCCGAGUAAGCCCAAAACACCAGCAACCAAGAAGAUGACGAGCCGAGCCCCCAAGAAAUCCCUGGCGAAGACGACUCCGGCCAGGUCUCCCGUCAAGGGGAAACCGGCUGCCCGCAAAUCCCUGAGAAUGAGGAAGUGAUCUGGGGAGACUGCGACCAGUGCAACAGCUGCUUCGGAGGGUUAGCAGUGCUCUGGAGAGCCAGGCUGUCCAGUUGCUAGUGCUUUCCCCCUGGUGUUCCUCCCUUUAUUUUGGUAGGCUAUAGGCUUUCAACUCCCCACGCUGUUUAUGGGGAAUAAAACAACAGUGUUUUAUUCUUUUUAUUUUUCUAAAGUUUCUCUCUAACAGUGCUGGAAUUCUAAAGCUUCCGUCAGAGUAAAGAGGCCAAGGAAAAUCUAUCUCACAAGUGGGGAUAUUUUUGGGAUUGAAAUCUUUAUUUAAACCUUAAAUCUCUUUUAUAAAUCCACUGAUUUUGUUAGGAGAUGUGUGAAAUUCCUCUGUGUAAUGUCCAUAAUCUUCCCCAGGCAUGCUUGACUUCUUUGUUCUUUUUAUUUAGUUUUAAUGCAGAUUUGCCUUCAAACUUGCUACCUAGUGGUGGCUGUAUGAGCACAUGUUGCUCUGUGGUGUAUAUUCAGCUUCGUUUUGUCUUUGUUUAUUUUUAAUAAUUUGUGUUUGUUUUAAACAAAGUCCAUUGGGAUAUAUUUUGCUGCCCAAAUAAGUCUGUAGUGAUUUGGGUAUUUUGGUUCUCUUAUGAUAAAGCAGCUAAAGAAUACAAUUCUUACAAAUCAAAACAUGCAAAAAAUGCAUAAUAAUUACCAACAUCAUACUAGUCAUCAACUUUUAAUUUGCAAAGUUAUUUUAACUGAGACCUCCCUGUGGGAGGGACAUACCAGAGAACUAGGUAUCUGGUUGGCCGAAAGGGCUACGAUUCUAAAAUCACUUAUUUAGUGGGGAGGGGGAGAAGGAAAAAGCACAUGUUUUGUGGUAAUGUAUAUUAUUUAGUGGUAGCAAAUAACAAAAACGGGAAAUAAAAAUGAUUUCAAAAUUGUUCUGUAGAAUCUGAUGUGAUAACUUAAAAAUAGAGUAUAACGAAAAACUGAUUUUGUUUCAAGGUUUCUGAGAAUUCUUUUGUUACUGUAUUAAAAAAAAAAAAGUGUAUUAAAAAAAAGCUCUUCUGUGUAUUGGUGUAUAUCUGGGUGAAGACUGACAACCUUGUUUUCAGUAAUCGCUAGAAGAAUAUUAGUAAUCUGCAUGCACGUAAUGCCCCAUGUGGUGCUUUUUCUGUAAUCAUUAAUAAAUAGUAACUUGUAUAUA